AUGCACAUCUACCAAACGCUCGGAUCUCGUGAACCUUGGGAAGAGAGCAUUGCUAUGGAGAUCGCUGACGUUACUGACCCAUCGACUUGCAUUUUGGUGGACGACUCCCCUGCAAAUUUGGAGGCGGCCAAGCAGGUUGGAUGGUGCACAGUUCUGGUCAAUCCAAAUGGCACGUUGCAAGCCAAGUGA